AUGUCCUUCGCCCUGGUCAUGAGGCGAUCGGGCCUCACGGUGGGCCGCACCAUGGCUCGUUUCGAGUCGACCGCCAACACAACAACACAAAAGGCCGCCGAGUCGGCCAAGCAGGCCGCCGCGCAGGCCUCCGCAGCCGCCUCCAAGGCGACGCAGGGCCUGUCGCGCGUCGCUUCCACCGCCGGCCCGGCUAUCGCCAACGCCGCCAAGGGUGUGUCGGGUGCGCUGGGUCGCGUCGGCGGCCGGACGGGUCGUCUGGUGGCCUUCGUUGAGAGCCAGACUCCCCUCGUCGUCUACUACUCCAAGGUCGGCCUUGAGAUGGCCAAGCUCGUCGUCAAGGGCCAGAACAUGUCCCCGCCUUCCGUUUCGACUUUCCAGACGUACUUCCAAAACCUAUGGAAACAGCUGCAGAACCCCAGCACCUUCGUCGCGGGCCUCGCGCAGUCGGUCAACCCCCAGCAGGUCCGCAACCUCUCAAGGACACAAGUGGCCGCCGGCGGCGUGCUACUAGCCGAGUGCCUCGGCUUCUUCACCGUCGGCGAGAUGAUCGGCAGGUUUAAGCUGAUUGGCUACCACGGCGAGAACCCCGCCGCUCACCACUGA